GCGCCGUCACUGCGCAUCCUCCCACGCGGUUCGGGCCAGGCCUGUGCCGUGCCGGUGACUCGCGGCCCCCGGCUCCCGGCGCGGUCUCCUUCCCGGCUCGCGGCCUCUCCGGCCGUGGCACCGCCAUGGCGCUCAACAAUUUUCUCUUCGCGCAGUGCGUCUGCUACUUUUUGGCCUUCCUGUUCAGCUUCGUGGUGGUGGUGCCGCUGUCGGAGAAUGGCCAUGACUUUCGCGGCCGUUGCCUGCUCUUUACCGAGGGUAUGUGGCUGAGCGCCAACCUGACAAUGCAGGGGCGGAAGCGCUUCACCGUGCAGGAGUGGGGCCCGCCAGCCGCCUGCCGCUUCAGCCUGCUUGCCAGCCUCCUGUCGCUGCUGCUGGCCGCUGCGCACGCAUGGCGCACGCUCUUCUUCCUCUGCAAGGGACAUGAGGGCACCUUCUUCUAUGCCUUCCUGAACCUUCUGGUCAGUGCCUUUGUGGUCUUCCUGGUCUUUAUUGCCAGCACCAUCGUCAGUGUGGGCUUCACCAUGUGGUGUGACACCAUCACGGAGAAGGGCACUGAGCCCCGCAGCUGUAAGAAGUUCCAGGACAUGAACUUGGAGCUGAACGUGGACAACUCUGCCUUCUACGACCAGUUUGUUAUCGCCCAGUUUGGUCUGUGGGCCUUGUGGCUGGCUUGGCUGGCGAUCACCACCCUGGCGUUCCUGAAAGUUUACCACAACUACCGCCAGGAAGAUCUGCUGGACAGCCUGGUUCAUGAGAAGGAGCUGCUGCUGGCCAGGCCAGCCUCUCGUACCUCCUUCCAGGGGGAGAAGAGUGCUGUCAUCUAGGCUGUGCAAGGGUGGCCCCCUUUCCUGAGGCUUGCACUGAGGGGUGGCUGGGGCCCCACCCAGGCUGGCCAGUGCAGCUCCGCAUGUGUCUCUUGGCCGCGCCCACCGUGAGCAGAGCACUUGUGUUCCCAUGGAGAGCCUGACAGUGAUGGCACAGAGACCCAGAGACUUGGGGUUGGGGUGCCUUCUGCUUCUUGUCCUGACCUUGGUUGGUGUGAUCCCUACUCCGCCUCGGUGUGACCAUUGGCCCAUAUAUGUGCAUGCACAUAGAUGGGAGUGUGACUGCAGCACAGAGCUGAUGACUCUGGGUUAGCAGCCUCCUUGCACCACCACAGGCUCCAGCACACCCAAGUCCCUGCCCUUCCCAGAGGGGGCCGUCUUUCCAUUCUAUAGCAUCUUCAGCGAAGGUCCCCAGAAGGCACUGCUCCCUGUCCCCCAUAGCAGCUGAUGGAGGAUCCUGGUAAGAUUGUGGGAGUCUGGGCUGGGCUCUGUCCUCUGUUCUGUGAGGAUAUCUGGGGUUGCUUGGCUGUGGUAGGAGAGUCCCACCCUCUACUCUUAAGGUUUUCUAGGUGGCAUGAUCUUCUGUGUUCCAGGGGCGGGGCCUCCAUAGGAGAAGAGGCCCCGCCAAUCUGGAUUUCAGGGAGUGCAUUCAUUGUUCAUGACCCUAGUCUGAAAUUGUGCUCAGAGCUGUUCCUCCAUUUCCAGGCAAGGUGAUCCUCAGCUGUGUCAGCUCCUUGUCCACCAUCAGUGGUUGGUGUGAACCUAGUCAUGUCAACUCCCUGUCCACCAUCAGUGGUUGGUGUGAACCUAGCCGUGUCAGCUCACUGUCCACCAUCAGUGGUUGGUGUGAUCCUUAGCUCUGUCAGCUCACUGUCUACCAUCAGUGGUUGGUAUGAUAAUAGCCAUGUCCGCUCACUGUCCACCAUCAGUGGUUGGUGUGGUCCUAGCUGUGUCAGCUCACUGUCCACCAUCAGUGGUUGGUGUGAUCCUAGCUAUGUCAGCUCACUGUCCACCAUCAGUGGUUGGUGUGAACCUAGCUAUGUCAGCUCCCUGUCCACCAUCAGUGGUUGGUGUGAUCCUCAGCUGUGUCAGCUCCUUGUUCACCAUCAGUGGUUGUUGUGAUCCUAGCCGUGUUAGCUUCUUGUCCACCAUCAGUGGUUGGUGUGAUCCUAGCUGUGUCAGCUCCUUGUCCACCAUCAGUGGUUGGUGUGAUCCUAGCCGUGUCAACUCCUUGUCCACCAUCAGUGGUUGGUGUGAUCCUAGCUGUGUCAGCUCCUUGUCCACCAUCAGUGGUUGGUGUGAUCUUAGCUGUGUCAGCUCACUGUCCACCAUCAGUGGUUGGUGUGAUCCUAGCUAUGUCAGCUCACUGUCCACCAUCAUUGGUUGGUGUGAUCCUAGCUGUACCACUCCCUGUCCACCAUCAGUGGUUGGUGUGAUCCUAGCCGUGCCACUCCCUGUCCACCAUCAGUGGUUGGUGUGAUCCUUAGCUCUGUCAGCUCCCUGUCCACCAUCAGUGGUUGGUGUGAUCCUAGCUGUGUCAGCUCCUUGUCCACCAUCAGUGGUUGGUGUGAUCCUAGCCAUGUCAGCUCCCUGUCCACCAUCAGUGGUUGGUGUGAUCCUUAGCUCUGUCAGCUCCCUGUCCACCAUCAGUGGUUGGUGUGAUACUAGUUGUGUCAGCUCCUUGUCCACCAUCAGUGGUUGGUGUGAUCUUAGCUGUGUCAGCUCACUGUCCACCAUCAGUGGUUGGUGUGAUCCUAGCUAUGUCAGCUCACUGUCCACCAUCAUUGGUUGGUGUGAUCCUAGCCGUGCCACUCCCUGUCCACCAUCAGUGGUUGGUGUGAUCCUAGCUGUGCCACUCCCUGUCCACCAUCAGUGGUUGGUGUGAUCCUUAGCUCUGUCAGCUCCCUGUCCACCAUCAGUGGUUGGUGUGAUCCUAGCUGUGUCAGCUCACUGUCCACCAUCAGUGGUUGGUGUGAUCCUAGCCAUGACAGGUCACUGUCCACCAUCAGUGGUUGGUGUGGUCCUAGCCAUGUCAGCAUCCACCAUCAGUUGUUGGUGUGAUCCUAGCCAUGUCAGCAUCCACCAUCAAUGGUUGGUGUGGUCCUAGCCAUGUCAGCAUCCACCAUCAGUCGUUGGUGUGAUCCUAGUCAUGUCAGCGUCCACCAUCAAUGGUUGGUGUGAUUUUAGCUGUGUCAGCUCACUGUCCACCAUCAGUGGUUGGUGUGAUCCUAGUUGUGCCAGCUCACUGUCCACCAUCAGUGGUUGGUGUGUUUCCAGGUGGAAGGGGCUGGCUUCAUGAAGGUGUGGGCCCAGGCUCACUGGGGGGGAUCACUUGGACCCUAAGAAUUGAAACCAUCAAGGAUGACAAGGAUGCUGUGCAAGGGAGGUCAGGGCCAGGCAGACUGACACUCCGGCCUGCUCUGGGGGCUUUGACUUGUGGCCUGGCUGAGCUUCUAGCAGCAGGUGUGUGUGUGUGGGUGGGUGCUGGAAAAGUGUUUUGAGGUCUCCACACUGAUUUGGUCUCUCCUCCAGACCCUCACACCAGCCCAUAUCUUUUGUCUCCCUGGGAAUGGCACCUUUCUCAUCUUCUGCCCCACAUCCCUACUAAGGCUAAAGCUACUUAGGACCUGAAGGAGCAGGAGGCAGGCUGGGGCCCAUGGCACCUAGGAUCUGCUUCAGGUGUAGGCCUGCUCUUAGCAGCUGCCUCUUGGGGAUGCUGGGAGUUGGCCUGGAACCUGGACAAGUCUAGAAAGACCUUCAUUCAUCUACAGUUGCCUAGACUUGUCCUCUAGGUGUCAAUGUUCCAGGGACUCCUGAGGAAGGGCCUCUGGCCUGGGGGUGCUGGCAGGACCUGUUGGCUGUAGCCAUGGGCAGGGGUGUCUGUCUGGGAUAGAACUCUCUGGAUGGAUGGCAAGAGGCAGGCAGAAGUGCAGAGUGGUCCCCAGGUUGUUCCCAGGAUGCUUCUGCUCCUCUCGGAUUGUUUCAGAGCAACCCUUGUUCUUGUCUUCCUGGUGAAACUGAUAGUGAAGAGUCCUAAGCCUCCGUGUGUCUGAUUCUCAAGUCAAAAGAUCAAAAUAAAGAUGAAAUAUCUGAGA